AGCUGCCUGAACACGUCAAGGAGAAACAGGCUCAGAUGACCCAGAGUACCCUGUGUUCCCCCUCUCCCCCCAAACGCCCUCGCUCCUCCAAGUCCGCAAAGCCCUCCCCCACCGGAGCCUUCCUCCACUCCCCCUUCCCUCUCCCAGCCAGUCACCCCGUCAUCUUCAGCUCUGCAGAGGAUGUGAUCCGUGCCCAAAUACGGUCCCCGCCGGACAUCGUCAGAAUCAUCCGGAACAACCCUCACCUGGGCUUCCUGUACAUGACCUCUGCCGCACCCAAGAGCUCCAUCAAAUAUGAUGCUUAUAACCUCAAGAUAGUGGCGUAUGAGAACAUCAACAAGCAGGACUACUCUACCAUCAGCCAGCAGGGUGUGACCUGCAUCUCUGACGCGGAGAUGGACUUCCUGCCGUUAGAGCGCUGGGAGCAUGAGUAGCCGGUGCCACCGUCGCCUCUGGCCAUCCCGGCCUUCGCCCUCUUCAGGAGGUGGAAGGCCUUCAGAGUGUGGCGGACCAACGUCCGCUCCAAGAAGAUCAACACGUGCAAGAAGUCCCUGCAGGAGCACCUGUUCAUCGUCAAUGAGUCUCUGCGUCCAGCGUUGCUGAACAUCAGAGAGAUGUGCUACAGGAUCAGUGACAUGGGGCUUUGUCACAUCCUGAAAGAUCACACAUACACUCUGGAGGAGUUCCAGGAGGCUCAGUACAACCAGCUGGAGGAGGUAUCUUCUCGUCUGGAAGAGUUCAGGGAGCUGGUAAAAGAGGUGGCCAGGAGCGCCUGUCACACGGCCAUGUUGGAGGCUGGAUACACACCUGACUAUAACUACAACACAGAGGGAACACCUGAGAUUGAGCUGCUGUUUGAAGAGGCUCCAGAGAAGAUGAGUUACACAGAACAGGCCAACAAGAGGUACCACUGUAGACGCCUCACCUGUUUCAUCCGGUUGGCUGACUACCUGAUGGUGAACACCAUGCACAUCCUGGCUGUGAACUCUGUGGCCAAACUACUGGCCGUCCUGCAGGACCAGAUCCAACACACCCCAACACACGCUGUCAUCCACAGCUGGGCCGACACCGAUGCUGCUGUCGCCGCUGGAGACGGAGGUGGAGCCACGGAGGACUCCGACAGGAAGGCUACAGAGCCCACAGUGGAGGCUGUUCAUCUUCUACCCAUGUUUGUGUCGGAGCUGAUGCUGGAGACCCACGCUCUGACCUACGAACCCUCCGUAGACGUCUUCCAGGAGUGUGUGUCAGAGAUCAUCUCUAGGUUCCAGGAGACGGUGUUGUCAUUAGUUGUGCUGGUGACUGACUCCUACUUUGAUGCCUUCACUCAGCCCAUGAUCAACAGCAAGGUGGAGGAGAAGACGUGUGGUGACGGUCCUGGUCUGGAGGCCAUGUUAGAGGAUGAUAAACACCUCCUGAACAUCAUCCUCGACAUCAAGCAAUCGCUCCAGUUUGCGUUUGACUCGGCCAGCGUGUACGCCCGCACCUUUGAGAGCUUCCGCGUCUUCUACAGAGAGAAUGAGAGUCUGGACCUGGACGCGCUCAGAGAUCAGGAUCACGGAGUGGCGUUCUUCGCUGAGAGUCUGAAGAAGUACCACAGCGAACAUAAAGAGGCCCUGGCCAUCAAACAGAAGAGGCACCUGGGCCUGCUGCUGGUAGACACCACUCUGCUUAAAGGGAAGCUCCUUCCCUCACCACUACGCUGUCUGGAGGCCAUCAAUGACAUGCUCCCCCUGCUGGCCAAGAGAAAGAUUGACGCCAUCAUCACUGAGGCUCAGGAUGCCCAGUUCAAACUGGAGUUCAUCCCCUCUGCAACUACAGAGUUCGUCAACUCCCUCACCUUCCUAGAGGAGAUACAGGAGCGGAUGGAGUGGUUGGACGAGCAGACAGAGACCGUGUCCCAGAUGUACAAGCUGAUAGACUCCUACUCCGUGCCCAGCCCUCCUGAGGACUUUGCCGUCUACGCCACCCUGAAACCCUCAGUCACCGGCGUACGCAACGCCAUCGACAAGGCCGUGGGAGAGAAGGACGCCAACGUGGACAAGUUCUGUGUCCACCUCCAACGGGACAUCACCGACCUCAACAAGGAGGUCAAGAGGGUCAAACAGCAGGCUCAGAACAAUCAGAUCAUGGACAUCAACGCUGAGCGUCCCAAGGUCCGUCUGCUGCUGGACGAGGUCCAGGUCUCCAUAGACGAGCUGCAGAACCAGGCCUUCCAGUACAAGUCUUUCCAGAAGAACUUCAAGGUGGAGGUGACUAAGUACGAGGCGUUAGAGGAGCUGAGUGCGGAGGUGAAACUGAAACAGCUGCUGUGGGACUCUCUGGAGGAGUGGGACGCCCUGCAGGCUGGCUGGAUGGAGUGUAAGUUUGAGGAGUUGGACCCAGAGACUCUGAGUGCCCAGGUCAAUAAAUAUGCCAAGUGUGUGAACCAGCUGGAGAAAGGCCUGCCACCCAACAGUGUGGUUCCACGACUCAAAGAGCACGUUGAGGGCAUGAGGGAGAAGCUCCCAGUGAUCACAGACCUGCGUAACCCGUGUCUGAAGGGCAGACACUGGGAGAUUCUGGAGGCCGUCAUAGAGGCCAGUCUCCUGGAGGAACCUCAAACUCUGGCCUCUCUAGAGGGACUCAACAUCUUCAGCUACAGCGAAGCGAUACAGGAGGUGUCAGGACAGGCUUCAGGAGAGGCAUCACUGGAGACCAUCCUUAAAAAGGUUGAGGAUUCCUGGAAGACCACGGAGUUUCCGGUUCUCUCCCACCGAGAGUCUAAAGACCUGUUCAUCCUGGGAGGAACUGAUGACAUUCAGGUGCUGCUGGAUGACAGUACCAUCAACAUGGCCACGGUGGCGUCCUCUCGCUACGUCGGCCCCAUCAAGACCAGAGUAGACGAGUGGCAGAGGCAGCUAAACCUCUUCAGCCAGACACUGGAAGAGUGGCUGACAUGUCAGCGUAACUGGCUGUAUCUGGAGAGUAUCUUCAGUGCUCCAGACAUCCAGAGACAGCUUCCUGCUGAAGCCAAGAUGUUCCUCCAGGUGGACAAGUCCUGGAAGGAGAUUAUGAGGAAGGUCAACAGGCUUCCCAAUGCUCUGAGGGCUGCUACACAGCCAGGUCUGCUGGAGAUCUUCCAGAACAACAACGCCCUGCUAGACCAGAUCCAGAAGUGUCUGGAGGCCUACCUGGAGUCCAAGAGAGUCAUCUUCCCCAGGUUCUACUUCCUGUCCAACGAUGAGCUCCUGGAGAUCUUGGCUCAGACCAGGAACCCCCAGGCCGUUCAGCCCCACCUCAGGAAGUGUUUCGAUGCUAUCGCCCGCCUGGAGUUCGCCCUGCUGCCCCCUCCGCCCCCUGGCGCCAUGACAACGCAGCCUGCAGACGGAGAGCAGGAGAAGGUCUACAGCAACGACAUUCUGGCCAUGGUCUCACCUGAAGGAGAGAAGGUGGGCCUGGCUAAAGGUCUGAAGGCACGUGGUAACGUAGAGGACUGGCUGGGUAAAGUAGAGGAGGCCAUGUUCUCUUCCCUCCGCCGCCUCAGCAAGGCCUCCAUCGCUGACUACCAGAGUAAAGAACGAGAGGAGUGGGUGGUGGCUGGACACCCCUCACAGGUGGUGUUAACCAUCAGUCAGUUGAUGUGGUGCAGAGACCUGGACGGCUGUCUGGAGGGAGACCACGACCACUUCAUGGCCCUGCAGGACUUUGAAUAUGUCAACAUUGAUAGGCUGAAUGCCCUAGCAGCCCUGGUUCGAGGCCAACUCCCCACCCUGCACCGUAACAUCAUCACAGCUCUCAUCACCGUAGACGUGCACGCCAGGGACAUUGUCACAGACCUCGUGGCCCGGAAGGUUGACUCCAGCAGUAACUUUGAGUGGCAGAGGCAGCUGCGUUACUACUGGGACUUGGACCUAGAUAACUGUGUGGCCAGGAUGGCUCUGUCCACCUACAUCUAUGGAUAUGAAUACCUGGGGGCCUGCCCUCGUCUCGUCAUCACCCCACUCACGGAUCGUUGCUACCUGUGUCUGAUGGGGGCUCUUCAGUUAGACCUUGGUGGGGCUCCAGCAGGCCCAGCUGGAACAGGGAAGACGGAGACCACUAAGGACCUGGCCAAAGCUCUGUCCAUCCAGUGUGUCGUCUUCAACUGUUCUGAUGGACUGGACUACAAGAUGAUGGGGAAGUUCUUCAGUGGUCUGGCCCAAUCAGGGGCCUGGUGUUGUUUUGAUGAGUUUAACCGCAUCGACAUUGAGGUGCUGUCUGUCAUCGCCCAGCAACUCAUUACUAUCCGCAAUGCCAAGAUGGCCAAGCUGUCCAGGUUCAUGUUUGAGGGCAGAGAGAUCAAGCUGGUGAUGACAUGUGCUGCCUUCAUCACUAUGAACCCAGGCUACGCUGGACGCACUGAGCUCCCUGACAACCUCAAAGCCCUGUUCAGACCCAUAGCCAUGAUGGUGCCCAACUAUGCCCUGAUCGCUGAGGUGAUCCUCUACUCUGAGGGUUUUGAGUCCAGUAAGACUCUGGCCCGAAAGAUGACCCAGAUGUACAAGCUGUGUUCUGAGCAGCUCUCCCAACAGGACCACUACGACUUCGGCAUGAGGGCCGUCAAGUCUGUCCUCGUCAUGGCAGGCUCUCUGAAGAGAGAGAACCCCCACCUGAGUGAAGACGUGGUUCUGAUCAGGGCUCUGAGAGACUCCAAUCUGCCCAAGUUCCUCACAGACGAUGCUGCGCUCUUUGGUGGCAUCAUGUCUGACCUGUUCCCUGGCGUUUCCAUCCCUGAACAUGACUACGGUGUUCUCCAAACCACCAUCCUGGAGUCUCUAGUGAAACGCAACCUGCAGCCCCUACCCAGCAUGACGCACAAGGUGAUCCAGCUGUAUGAGACCAUGAUAGUACGUCAUGGUGUGAUGUUGGUGGGUCCUACAGGUGGAGGGAAGACCACGGUCUACUCCAUCCUGUCUGAUACCUUAGAUACCCUGUGGCAGGCUGGCCACGGGAAACACAACCCCUUCUACCUCCCGGUCAAGACAUACGUCCUCAACCCCAAGUCUGUCACCAUGGGAGAGCUCUACGGAGAGGUGAACAUAUUGACCCUGGAGUGGCGUGACGGCCUGAUGGCGCUCAGCGUGCGAGCGGCCUGCAACGACACCAGCGAUGACCACAAGUGGAUCGUGUCGGACGGUCCGGUGGACGCACUGUGGAUUGAGAACAUGAACACGGUCCUGGACGACAACAAGAUGCUGUGUCUGGCCAACAGCGAACGCAUCAAACUGACCCCGUCUAUACACAUGGUGUUUGAGGUCCAGGACUUAUCGGUGGCGUCCCCAGCCACAGUGAGUCGCUGUGGGAUGGUCUACAUCGACUCUAACGAACUCAAAUGGAUGCCCUAUGUCCAGACCUGGAUCACUGGCCUGGCUAACAAGCUCCCUGAAGCAGUGUGUGUGUACCUGUUGGCGUUGUUUGAGCAGUACGUGGAGAAGGGUCUUCAGUUUGUGUGGAAGCGUUGUGUCCAGGCCAUGGGCCAGGUGGACAUCAGUAAGGUCACUACCCUCUGCUGCCUGUUGGAGGCGCUGCUGCUGGGAGACGGAAGACCAGACCUCAAGAUGGAAGCUAAGCACCUGAACAGUGUGUUGUGUCAGACGUUUGUGUUCUGCUACCUGUGGUCUGUGGGGGGUAACCUGACUGACAGCCACUGGGAUGCCUUCGACAGCUUCGUCAGACAACAGUUUGAAGACAAUAAUGAUGCCAAG